ACUGCUUUGCUGACAGCUCUAGCACCAUGAGCAGCAGUUUGGCCUUGUACCGUGGCAUCUACACUGAAGAACAUUUCCAGCAGGUCUAUGGAGUGGCUGCCACUCCAGAGCCAGAGGGCAGCUUGGCAGAGAUGCUGAAGGGCAAGCUGAGCCGGGGAUGUCGAUGCUCCCGGGCUGCUGCCUGGCACUUGUUCCAGAGGAGGCUUCCGAUUGCCAGCUGGCUGCCCAAGUACCAGCCUAAGAAGUGGCUCCCGGGGGACCUGGUGGCAGGGCUGACUGUGGGCAUUGUACACAUCCCACAAGGAAUGGCCUUUGCUCUCUUAACCUCAGUAGCACCAGUUUAUGGACUCUACACCUCGUUCUUCCCUGCUUUGCUAUACAUGCUUUUUGGUACUGGACGUCAUGUCUCCACAGGUACCUUUGCUGUGGUCAGCCUAAUGACUGGUUCAGUGGUGGAGCGUUUGGUUCCUGUGUCCCUGUCAUCCAAUGGCACAGUCCCUAAUGAAGAAGCUUUGUUGGAGGGGCAACGCAUUGGGGUGGCUGCAGCCAUGGCUUUCCUUGUAGGACUCCUCAUGAUUGUGAUGUUUACGCUUCGCCUGGGUUUCCUCUCCACCUACCUCUCAGAACCUGUGGUCAAGGCAUUUACCAGCGGUGCUGCUUUGCAUGUAGUGGUGUCUCAGCUCCAGAGCCUGCUAGGACUGCCUCUGCCACGACCUGAUGGCUGCUUUGCCAUCUUCCAGACGCUGGCAUCUGUUGUGGAAGCCUUGCCUUUAACCAACAUUGCUGAAUUACUUAUCUCUGGUCUCUGCUUGGCUGUGCUGGUGCCUAUAAAAGAGAUCAACAACCGCUUCCGUAGCCGGAUGUGGGUCCCCAUCCCAGGAGAAAUCAUCAUGGUACUGCUGGCCACUGGGAUCUGCUUCGCUUCCUCCCUAAAUACUCAUUAUAAGGUGCAGAUUGUUGGACACCUCCCAGCAGGGUUCCCACAGCCCCAGCUCCCAGCCCUGCAUCUGCUGCCCCAAGUGCUGGGUGACACGGUGGCCCUCACUUUCGUGGCCUAUGCCAUCUCAGUGUCCCUGGCCAUGAUCUACGCUGAGAAGCACCACUAUAUCAUUGACCCCAAUCAGGAACUCCUGGCUCAUGGACUUUCAAACGUGGUCUCCUCCCUAUUCACCUGUUUCCCCAGUUCGGCCACACUGGCUACAACCAACAUCUUGGAAAGUGCUGGUGGACACACGCAGCUUUCCGGUCUUUUUACUAGUGCUAUUGUCCUGAUUGUCUUGAUGUGGAUUGGCCCACUUUUCUACUACUUGCCCAAGUGCGUCCUGGCUUGCAUUAAUGUCACUAGUCUUCGGCAGAUGUUUCUGCAAUUCCAGGAUCUACCUGAGCUCUGGAGGAUCAGCCGCAUUGACUUUGCUAUCUGGGUAGUCACGUGGCUCUCUGUGGUUGUACUCAGUGUGGACCUCGGCUUGGCAGUGGGGAUUAUAUUCUCCAUGAUGACUGUAGUUUGCCGCACGCAGAGGGCUGAAUGCUCAGUGCUGGGCAGGGCAGCUGACACAGAGAUCUAUAAGCCUGUCAAGUACAACAGCAAGUGCUUCGAGGUCCCAGGUGUCAAGAUUUUAAGCUACCAAGCCCCCAUUUAUUAUGGCAAUCGCAGUUUCUUUCGUGAUACUCUGAGUCAACUUGUGGGACUGGAAGACAUCAUGAAGCAGCACAAGGACCAAGAUCUAGACAAUAGGAUUAAGAUGGACAUCAGCACUGUGGAGAGCAGUGUCUCUGUUUUGGAGCAAAAGCAAAACUCAGGCAUAGCAGUACAGGCUGUGAUUCUUGACUGCAGUGGAGUGUCUUUUGUUGAUUCAGCUGGAGCCCGGCUCCUUAUUCAGGUGUGUGUAGAAUGCCAGAAAGCUGGGGUGCAGAUGCAUUUGGCAGCCUGUAAUGCCAACAUUCUACAGACUUUGAGCUUUUGUGGCCUGAUGCAUCACCUUCCCCCACAGCAGAUUUUUGUCACAGUCCACGAUGCUGCUUCCUAUCUCCAGCAGACAAUGGAAAAUGUGGAACAGAAGGAUCCAACCAUCUGGGUGUAACCAUUUCUGGAUCAAGGAGUGUAUCAACCAACCUGUGCAUACCAGGAUAUGGACUAUCUGAAAUUACAAAGACAUGUUAAAGGCAGCUGGCUGCCAUGAAAA